CAGGGUUUCAUCCCAAACCCAUUAUCGAACUCCCAAAACCCCCCAUUCAUUGCACUGUAUCUCUCUCUCUCUCUCACACACACACACACACACACAGAGGAGUCAAGACAAUGGCUUUGGCAAUCUCUAACGUCCUUCAAUGUCCCAACUCUCAGUUUUCUCGGAAGAAUUUCUCUCUCAAAGGUUCUGUUUCAAGCUUCUCCUCAUCGGUUGUCAGGUUUCGUAGAACAUCUCCACAGGAUAAAAGGGUGAUUUGUGCUUCUUCAUCGGCAGCAGGAAGUUCAGGUUCAGACAGUGACUUUAACCCAUAUCAGGUGCUUGGCGUAAGCCCCAUUGAAGGAUUUGAUGUGAUCAAAGCAGCAUAUACAAGAAAACACAAGGAUGCAGAGAGGAGAGGUGAUGAAGUGACUGCCGCCCAAUUAGAAAAGGCGUAUGACAAAGUCAUGAUGGCACAGUUGACAAACCGAAAGAAAGGUGUGACAUUUGGUUCAUUUAAGGUUUCAAAGGAUAUUAAGUAUGCUGAUAAGCAGCCAGUAUUACCAUGGGGGCCAAGGUUCACCAAGUCCAGUGUUCAAGAUAUGCGUAUCAACCUGGCAAUAUCUGCUGUAUUUACUGCUUGGGUUUUUAUCAAGCGAAAUGCUGAAUGGAAACCUUUGCAGUUCCUAGCCUUUGUGUUUGUGUAUCGGAUUUUUGAAAAGUUGAAAGCCUUCGAACCACCUACAUCUCCAACAUUUACGGAGGAGGGUGAAGAUGAAGGGCGAGCAUUACGAAUGGGAAAAAGGCUUCUUCGUUCUCUAGCGCUGGUUUUUGGUUGUAUAGCUCUUUCAUCUUUGGGAUUCACUGGUGUACUGAAUUUGAUCGAGUUUGUUGGUAGUUUACGGGCUGCUUUUUUUCUAUAUAAUAACCAGGAACUUUUUGUCACUGCUUCAACCGCACUCAUGCUCUAUGUUUUGGCAUCAUACUACAGAUGACGAAUCACUUCACACACUGCGGGACAAGAUAUCAAGUUAUUGUUGUGUUUUCCAAUACUUUGGCUAUGAAAUUUUGUCAAAUAGACUGAAUUUUACAAUUUAAAGAUAUCAAAGGGAAAGGAAAAAGUAUUGGUUGUGUCAUGAACUUGAAGUGAAUCAGAAGCCCUUUGAGGACUAAAAUUAGCAAGGCAUCGGUAUACACGCGAAUUUAGGAAGAAUAUUGCUUUGCUAAUUCAAAAUUUUUGUUAAUAAUCACUAUGGUUUUUAUUUAUUCCCUAUAUCUUGUUUUUCUAGUUAUUUACAAUUUUUUAUUUUUAUUUUUAAAUGCAUUUGACUUUGAUAA